AUGUCGGAUGCGCCCCGACCAGCUCUUAAGCUCAAGCUUGGGAAACGGCCAGUAACAGACUCUCCAGCUCCUGCAAAAUCAUCUGGCGAACCAUCCACACCAAAGCUCACUCUCAAGAUCGGCAAGCCUAAAGCGCAACCUGAAGCGACUGAGGAAAAGCCCAAGAAGAAGAAGUCAACGAAGAAGCGACCUGCCGAUAAUGCGGUUGUCCCCGAUCCAGCCCCCGAACAACCAGGUCCUAAACGCCUGAAGUUAAAUCCUUCCAAAAAGCCCGGUCUACAGUCGAUCCGAAUCAAAAAUCGAGCAGUCGUCGCUCAACGACCAGUGGGUGUUGGAUACGACUCAGAGGCGUCUGAUACGGAAGCCGAUCCAGCCAUCGAAGAACAGUUCGUCCUACGAAUGGAACCGGGUGAAGAUUGCGAAUAUCUGCGACAAGCCAUCAAUGAACGCCGUUUUGAUAAAUCAGAGUUCUCGUUCAAACCGUUGAAUCGCGAAGGCCGACGGGCAAUCCUGAAGAUUCGAGAUCAAAUGUAUGCCGCGUCCCUGGUGGACCUACCCUGUAUUAUAGAGGGGAUGAAAAGUUGGGAUCGCCGCGGUUGGUACAAAGCAGCAGAUAUUUGUCAGAUGUUGUUGGUACUUGGACCCGUGACAAGCGAUCAAGAAGCCCUCGACUAUCCUCUUCCUUCCGAAAUAGAGCAUCCGGACGACAAAUCUUUACACUACCCUCAUGGUCUCACACCACCAUUGAAAUGGGUUCGCAAGCGCCGCUUCCGCGACCGGGUGAGCUCACGCACGAUUGAGCAGGUUGAAAAGGCCGUCGAAGAGUUGAUCGCACAAGAUGAAACAUCCGUUUUCCCGCCCCGGUUUGAGUUAGUGGACAGCGCCGCACUCAAUCGCGCUGAAGGAUUCGUGCAGGAUGAAUACGAUGAAUACUACGACGAAGACCAAGAUGCUGAGGGCGAGGCCGAUGAAGAAAUGAUGGAUGACUUCGAUGAUGACCUAGCAGCCGAGAUGGAGGCGGCUUUGGCAGGCGAAGACGAUACCUCUGCGGUGCCUGUUGAGCAACCAGAGACCCCAUCUGCUAUGCCCCAACAGCACCGGGCGGACCAGCUGAUGGAGAAUCAUCAGAUGAGGAUGAUGAUUCAGAUGUUACAGCAAGCGCGUGAGGAGAUCGCAGAAUUGGAAGCUCUCAUCCGCACAGAAACAGCACAGUGGGAGCGUGUGCAAAAUCAUAUUUUACGAAACAAGAUGGGACGGCGCAUUCAAGAGCUCAAGAAAGAUCUUUCAUUGAAAAAGGUAUCAGCUGGAUUGGGCGACGACACGGAUAUGUGA